CAACGGCGGUGCUUAAAUGAAAACUGUCACAUGGCUAUACGAGACCGGUGACUAAAUACUUCGCAUGGCGAACAUGGUGACUCGCGAUAAAAGUGAAUACAGCAGAAAGGUGCAAGAAAAGGCCGUUACUGAAAAGCGGCAGAUGGCGAUCGAGCGAAGCGCAGCGGCGGCGGCGGCGGCGGCGAGCGCGGCGGACGCGGCGGACGCGGCGCCGCCCACGCGGGUGAUCACGCUGCAGCACGGCGAGCACAACGACUCCACGCUCUAUAGAUUUAAAAAAGGCUACUGUUUACAAUUUUGCCCCGGUCCCAGUUUACUCGGUCGGAAGGUAUUCCUCUACACGAACUACGUCGUGUCCGAAACCCAGGAUGAUAAGGGAGAGCAAGCGGAGUUCGUCCGCAACCAAUACUACGGACUGGAGUGGCGGUCGGCGGACGGCGAGCCGCUCGGCAGCGGCGUGCUCGUCACCGACACCGACGUCUACUGCGAGCUGCGGCUCGCGCGCGCCGGCCCCUUCCACUACUACUUCGUCUACGACAGCGCGGAGUCGCCGGUCGGGCCGCAGGGCUCGGGCUGGUUCCAGGUGGCGCCCACGCUGCGCGCGGGCGGCGCCGAGCUGCCGCUGGACGGCAUCGUGUGCCAGACCGUGCUCGCCAAGUGCCUCGGGCCGCUGCCGCGCUGGCCGCGCACGCUGCGGGUCGCGCGCGAAGCCGGCUACAACAUGCUGCACUUCACGCCCGUGCAGCAGCUGGGCGCGUCCGGCUCCAGCUACAGCAUCGCGAACCAGCUGCGCGUCGACCCGCGGUUUAGCGGCGACCCCGGCCGCGAGGUCACCUUCGCCGAUGUCGAGAACGUCGUCGCGAAGAUUCGCAACGAGUGGAAGAUGCUGUCGAUCUGCGACGUGGUGCUGAACCACACGGCGAGCGAGACGGCGUGGCUGGCGGAGCGGCCCGAGGCGACGUACAACUGCAGCACGUGUCCGCACCUGCGGCCGGCGGCGCUGCUGGACGCGCUGCUGGCGCAGCUGUCGGCCGCCGCCGCCGCGGGCCGCCUGCGCGAGCGGGGCGUGCCGCCGCGCGUCACGCACCACGACCACAUACAGGCGAUCAAGCACCUGCUAGAAACGGAGCUGCUGCCGGAGGCGCGGCUGCACGAGAUGUUCACGUGCGACGUCGACCGGCUCGUCCAGGAGUUCUACUGCGUGGCGCGGAACAAGGUGCCGCCGGUGCGGCCGGCGGGCGGCGGCGCGGAGCUGCGGCUGCUGCCCGACGCGCAGUACCGCCGCCUGGCGGCCACUGUCGACCUCGAGCUCGCGCUGCAGCUCUACAACGUGUACAGGCCCGACUGCUACGACGAGGAGACGCGGCUGAAGAAGUGCUGCGAGGAGCUGCGGCGGCGCCUGGAGCAGUUGAACGCCGCGGCGGCCGCCGAGCUGGCCGACCACCUGCGCGCCGCCGUCGACAACUGCAUCGCCGGCCUGCACUACUUUCGCCUACAAUCAGACGGGCCGAAGAUAGAAGAGGUCAGCGCGAAAAAUCCUCUGUUUCCGAGGUACUUCUGGUGGGCGGGCACGGAGGGCGGCGCGGCGGCGCUGUCGGCGGCCGACGCGGAGCGCGCGCUGCUCGGCGGCGGCGGCGGCGGCGCGCUGGUCAUGGCGCACAACGGCUGGGUGCUGGACGCCGACCCGCUGCAGGACUUCGCCGCGCGCGACCACGCCGGCCGCGUGUACCUGCGCCGCGAGCUCAUCGCCUGGGCCGACAGCGUCAAGCUCAGGUACGGCGCGCGGCCCGAGGACAGCCCGUUCCUGUGGGCGCACAUGCGCGAGUACGUCGAGCUCACGGCCGAGCUGUUCGACGGCCUGCGCCUCGACAACUGCCACUCCACGCCGCUCCACGUGGCCGAGUACAUGCUGGACUGCGCUCGCAACGUGAAGCCCGACCUGUACGUGGUCGCCGAGCUGUUCACUAACUCGGACCACGUCGACAACAUCUUCGUCAACCGUCUCGGCAUCACGUCGCUUAUACGCGAGGCGCAGAGUGCGUGGGACGCGCGCGAGCAGGCGCGCCUGCUGCAGCGCUACGGCGGCCGCGCCGUCGGCGCGCUGCGGCGCGAGCGGCGCCGCGCCGCCGAGCCGCGCCUGCCGCACGCGCUGCUGUUCGACCUCACGCACGACAACCGCUCGCCGCUCGACACGCGCUCGCUCUUCGACAUGCUGCCCACCGCCGCGCUCGUGGCCGCCGCCUGCUGCGCCGUCGGCAGCACGCGCGGCUACGACGAGCUCGUGCCGCACCACGUGCACGUGGUGGACGAGGAGCGGCUGUACGCGGAGUGGGAGGCGGCGCGCGGCGGCGCGCUGGCGGCGGCGCGCCGCGCGCUGGCCGCGCUGCACGCGCACCUCGCCGCCGACGGCUACAGCGAGAUAUAUGUGGAUCAGAUGGAUGAUGACGUGAUUGCCGUCACUAGACAUGAUCCGCGAUCUAGAAAAUCGGUAAUUAUUGUGGCGUUCACGGCGUUCACCGCCCCGGACCCGACGAGUGCCGGCCGCCACGUGCCGCCGCUGCGGUUCGAGGGCGAGCUCGACGAGAUCAUCUUCGAGGCCGACCUCGUGCACAAGGAUCACAAGAGCAGCGGCCGCCCGCUGCAGGCGCCGGGCGCGGCCGAGCGCCACCCGCGGCUCAUCACCGGCCUCGGCGACUACGAGUGCACGGUGCGGCGCGGCGUGCCGCCCGACGCGUCGGCCGCGCUGGCCGGCCAGCGGCGCGACGGCGCGCACACCGUGCUGGAGUUCCGGCCGCUGCGAGCCGGCGCCGCGCUGGCGCUGCGCGUGCGGCCGCGCGCGCCGCACGCCGCCGCGCUGGCCGCGCUCGAGCGCGCGCUCGCGCCCGCCGCCGCGCCGCUCGCGCCCGCGCUCGCCGACCUCGACCUCGCCGACUUCAACGCGCUGCUGUACCGCUGCGACGCCGAGGAGCGCGACGCGGCCGGCGGCGGCGUGUACGACGUGCCCGGCCACGGCUCGCUGCCCUACGCGGGGCUGCAGGGCGUCGCCUCGCUGCUGGCCGAGGUGCGCGCGGCCGGCGACCUGGGCCACGCGCUCUGCGACAACCUGCGCGCGGGCGACUGGCUGCUCGAGUACCAGUGGCGCCGCCUCGAGCGCGAGCCGCGCCUCGCGGCCGUGGCGGCGCGCGUGCGCGCGGCGCUGCAGCCGGUGACGCAGCUGCCGCGCUACCUGGUGCCGGCGUACGCGGCCGCCGUACUGGACGCGCUGGCGGCGGCGGCCACGCGCGCGGCGCUGGCGCGGCUCGGCGCGGCGGGCGCGGGCUGCGCCUUCUCGCGCGCGCUGGCGCUCACCAGCGUGCAGCUGGCGGCCGCGGUGCCGUCGGCGCCGCUGCCGCCGCCGUCGCCGGCGCUGCCGCCGCCGCGCCCGCCGCCGCCGCCGCGCUGCGUCACGCUGUCGGCGGGCCUGCCCCACUUCUCCGUCGGCUACAUGCGCUGCUGGGGACGCGACACGUUCAUCGCGCUGCGGGGCCUCUUCUUAUUGACGGGUCGCUACCAGGAUGCCCGUUUCCACAUUCUCGGCUUCGCGGCCUGCCUGCGCCACGGGCUCAUUCCGAAUCUGCUGGACGGCGGCCGCAACGCCCGCUACAACUGCAGAGAUGCGGUCUGGUGGUGGCUGCAGAGCAUAAAACAGUACUGCACGGAGGCGCCGCAGGGCUGCGCGCUGCUGUCCGAGCCGGUGUCGCGGCUGUUCCCCAAAGACGACUCGGAGCCCGCGCCCCCCGGCGCCGCCGACCAGCCGCUGCACGACGUCAUGCAGGAGGCGCUCGAAGUACACUUCCAGGGUCUCGUGUUUCGAGAGAGGAACGCCGGGCGAACGAUCGACGCCCACAUGUCGGACAAGGGGUUCAACGUGCAAAUCGGCGUCGACCCCGAGACCGGGUUUCCGUUCGGCGGCAACGAAGCCAAUUGCGGCACCUGGAUGGACAAGAUGGGAUCGACGGAGGCGGCGGGCACGCGCGGCAAGCCGGCCACGCCGCGCGACGGCAGCGCGGUGGAGGUGGUCGCGCUCGCGUACAGCGUGCUGAGCUGGCUGGCGGCGCAGCACCGCGCCGGCCGCUACCCGCACGGCGGCGUGCUGCACCGCCACCGCGACGGCGCACUCACCUCGUGGACGUACGCGCAGUGGGCCGACCGCAUCCGCCACUCGUUCGAGCGCCACUUCUGGGUGCCCGCCGAGCCCUCGGCCGCCGACCGCCGGCCCGACCUCGUGCACCGCCGCGCCAUCUACAAGGACACGCACGGCGCCUCGCACGCCUGGGCCGACUACCAGCUGCGCUGCAACUUCCCGGUCGCGAUGGCCGUCGCGCCGGACCUGUUCGACCCGAAGCACGCGUGGGCCGCGCUCGACUCGGUCGAGCGUCUGCUGCUCGGCCCGCUCGGCGUCAAGACGCUCGACCCGGCCGACUGGGCCUACCGCGGCGACUACGACGCGGGCGCCGACGGCGACGACCCGAGCGUCGCCCACGGCUUCAACUACCACCAGGGACCCGAGUGGGUGUGGCCGCUCGGCUUCUACCUGCGCGCGCGGCUCGCGUUCGCGCACGAGAACGGCCGCCUCGCGCGCACCGUCGCCGCCGCGUACGCCGCGCUCGGCCCGCUGCUGGCCGAGCUCCGCGCCUCGCCCUGGCGCGGGCUGCCCGAGCUGACCAACGCCGGCGGCCGGCCGUGCGCCGCCUCGUGCAGCACGCAGGCCUGGAGCUCGGCCGCCGUGCUCGAGCUGCUGCACGAGCUGGCGGCGGCGCGCCGCGCGCGCCCGCUGGCCGACUGACGCGGGCUCGCGCGCCCGCGCCGCCUGCGCCACGCCGCGCGCGCGCCGCCGCCCGCGCCGCGCCGCCUCUACUCGGAGCCCUACGAGCGGCCGGCGCCGCGCCGCCGCCUCGCGCGCCUCGCCCGCCUCGGCCCGCUGCUGCGGC